AUGCAGAAUACUUAUAAUCAAGAUAAGGCAAUAACAACGGUUGGUGAGAUGAAUAUAGCUCCAGCGGUUGUAUUGGCAGCAGACAAGGCGGCAUUCUUCAAUUGCGGAUUUUUCAGUAUCCAAGACACACUCGGUGACGUAGUCGGCCGCCACUACUUCCAACAAUGUCAUAUCAAAGGAGUCGUUGAUUUCAUUUGGGGAGGAGGCCAAUCUAUAUACCAAAGUUGCGUGAUAGAAGUUUUGGGAGUGACAACAUUAACAAAGGAAGAAAGUACAGAAGGAGACAAGAUGGACGGAGGAUUGAUACCUGGUUUCAUAACCGCCCAAGGAAGAGAGACCGAGCAGGACACAAGUGGUUUUGUGUUCAAUGGAUGCUCUAUUGUCGGAGUUGGUAAAGCAUUCCUCGGAAGAGCUUACCGAAGCUACUCGAGAGUAUUCUUUUGCAGUACAAACAUGGCUGAUGUGAUUGUUCAACAAGGCUGGGAUUCUUGGUCAUAUCAAGGACAAGUAGAUAAAACGACGUAUGCGGAGGUAAAUUGUUACGGACCAGGAGCAAAUAAGGAAGGAAGAGUGGCGUGGGAGAAGAAUCUGUCGCCUCAAGAUGUUGCUUACUUUACAAACCCUAAAACGUUUUUAGACCAAGAUGGAUGGAUAGGUUCUCUUCCUCCUCAUCCAUUCAACAUCUUCUGA